AAGUGCUAUAAAUUACAGUUCGUAUAAUAGUAAGUUUAAACGCACAUCAGUUUUGCGGUUCGUAUAAAAUAAUGAAAUAUUACAUAGAAAUAAAACUUCAGUAGGGUGAAAUGCACGUUAGUUGAAUAAAAGAUUGAAAAAGUUGCAAAUAUCGCCACUUUUAAAAUUCUACUUUCAAAUUGACAACAAACAAAUCGUGUACUUGGUGUAUGCUUGUGUAUCAUUUGAAUUUGAAAAUGUUUUCUUGAAUUAAAUCUAUUUUUUACCUUACUAUAAAUAAAUAUUUCGAGUGGGAGGCACAAAAGCAUUUAAAAUAUUAUAAAAAAUGAGUGAAGAUCGUAAGAAACCUCAGUUUGGUACUAGGUAUUUGCAUGAUCCGGAUCAAGUUUUUCAACAUAAUGCAUGGGAUGAUGUUGAAUGGGAUGAAGAUCUGAAACGAAUGGCUGAUGAAAAGAUUAGAGCUAAUUCUCAAAUAUUGGUAUCAAGUAAUGAACAAGGUAAUAUAAGUUUUCAUUUACCUUAUUGUAGUUAUGUAGGAUGUGGUGUUGGAAAUACAGUUUUCCCAAUACUUGAAACUAAUAAAGAUUCUAAUGUAUGUGUAUACUGCUGUGAUUUCUCUGAAGUUGCUGUUAAUUUAGUUAAGAACAAUCCUUUAUUUGAUGCACAAAAAUGUCAUCCCUUUGUCUGUGAUAUAUCCUCCGACCAGUUUGAUGUCCCCUUUGAAGAAAAUAGUUUAGAUUACAUCAUUUUAGUAUUUGUUUUAUCAGCUAUUCAUCCUGAAAAAAUGCAAAGUGCUAUUAGUAGAUUAGCAAACUAUCUGAAACCAGGGGGUCAAAUUUUGUUUAGAGAUUACGGGAAAUAUGAUAUGGUAGAACUUCGUUUCAAGCCUGGUCGAUGCCUGAGUGAACACUUUUAUGUGAGAGGUGAUGGCACUAGAGUUUUCUUUUUCUCCGAAGAUGAAGUGGAUAAAUUGUUCACCACUGCAGGAUUAGUUAAAACUCAGCUUUACAGUAGCAAAAGACUUCAAGUCAACAGAGGAAAACAUCUAAAGAUGUACAGAAUAUGGAUUCAAGCCAAAUAUAUGAAACCAUUAUGAAUUAUUUAGUUAAAAUUAAUAUGUUGUUAUCCAACCAUUUAUUUAUCAUUUUGUAAAUAUGUAAAAUCUAAAAUUUUAAGUAUUGCUAAAAUGUGAACAUGAAUAAAAAUAUCUAAAUAUUACAUUUUAAAAA